CUACCUGCGGCCGGCUGCACUUCGCCGCGCUCCGACGUGACUCUCGGGUAACUGAGGAGCUCGGGCUCGGGCUGGGAAAAGCUCCUUAGACGCGGUUUGAAGCGAUUUCCACGCGCGGGGGGGAUCGGCACCGUACAUUUCAUUGGUGCAUGAAUGGAAAUUUAAAAGGUUUGUCAUUAAAUAUUGGUGAAAAUGGAAACAUCAUCUAUGCUUUCAUCUUUACACGAUGAAUGCAGAUCAGACAAUUACAUUGAACCUCAUUACAAGGAAUGGUAUCGUGUAGCUAUUGAUGCUUUAAUUGAAGGAGGUUUAGAAGCCUACCAAGAAUUUCUUUCCAAAGAGAGAUGUUCAGAGUUCCUAGCAGAAGAAGAAAUUAAUUAUAUUUUGAACACUGUUCAGAAACUUCCUCAAAACACAGUUUAUUCCUCUGACAAUGCUGUUGAUGAUACCUCUUCCUCGGGUACUUAUUGGCCUAUUGAAUCUGAUGUGGAAGCUCCGAACCUUGACUUGGGCUGGCCCUAUCUGAUGCCUGGAAUAUCUGGAGGUACAAAUAUUGAUCUACUUUUUCAUCCACCACGAAUACAGCCUUUCACAAUAAAGGAAACCAUUAGGAAGAUGAUAAGAGAAGCAAGAAAGGUCAUUGCCAUAAUUAUGGAUACGUUUACAGAUGUGGAUAUCUUCAGAGAAAUUGUAGAGGCAUCUACCAGAGGGAUUGCUGUGUAUAUUCUGCUUGAUGAGUUCAACUUCAGUCACUUUCUUAAAAUGACAGAAAAACAGGGCUUUCAAGUUCAGAGAUUCAGGAACAUCAGGGUGCGGACAGUAAAAGGACAAGAUUAUUAUUCCAAAUCAGGGGCAAAAUUCCAUGGAAAAAUGGAACAGAAAUUUCUUCUGGUUGACUGUAAGAAAGUCAUGUAUGGUACUUACAGCUUUAUGUGGUCAUUUGAAAAAACCAACCUCAGCAUGGUUCAAGUUAUCACAGGACAACUGGUUGAAUCCUUUGAUGAAGAGUUUAGGACACUGUAUGCCCGUUCCUCUGUUCCUAGUUCAUUUGCCCCAGAAUUAGGUAGGGUAAAUAGUCAGAGGAUACUCUGGGAGAAUGGCAUAUGCCAGCAUUCACAGUCUUCUUUAGCUUCGGUUUCCAGCCAACGAAACCUUUUUGGUAGGCAAGACAAGAUUCACAAACUAGAUCCCAUUUACUUGAAAACUCGAGGAAGAUAUGCAGUGAAUGAAAUAGAUACAUAUGGUUUGAGAAAUCAAACCUACAACAAACUACCCUUUCAUCCAGGUUUUAACAUGCAAAAUAAAAUUCGGCAGAAUCAACCCAGUGAACAAAACGAGCAUUGGAAGAGACAUAGUUAUGCUGGGGAAAACCCAGAAAGGACUCCUUACUUUUUGCUACACCGAGCUAUUAAUCGGGCCAAUAAUGUAUCAAAUACUUGGAAGAUGCCAUCUGAUAGCCUUAGUAUCGUAUCUUCUUUAAAGGGAGGCUAUACAAACAAUUGCAAUGCACCCCAACAAAGUUUUGCUGAUCGGUUUGCACAGCCAAAGAUAAAUAUUGCAGAAAGAAAUUCAAUUGUACGGAGGUCUUUCAAUGGAACAGAUAAUCAUAUCCGCUAUCUGCAGCAGAGGAUGCCAACCCUUGAACACACUACAAAAUCAUUUCUCCGUAACUGGCGAAUUGAGUCAUACUUAAAUGAUCAGUCAGAUUCUGCUGCAGAUUGCAAUGGAUCAGCAGUCGGUGAUAGGUAUGAGGGCUAUGACACAGCAGAAAAUAUUAAAGCUCAUGCCCUUUAUUCUCAUUCUCGCCUGAGGUCAUCAUUAGCUUUUAAGCCAACUUUGCCAGAACAGCAGGAAGUAAGCAGCUGUACAAGUUCUUCAAAUUCAACUAUCGUUGGUUCAGAGGGAAGCGAAACACCUAAAGGGACGCCCAAUCAUAUCCCGAUUGUGAAAAAUGUGACCGACAAAGAAUCAGCAGAGGUCAGCACUAACAUCCCACCUGACUCAGAUGAACCAAAAAAGUCUGGAAUGCAGGUUGCAGAAAACAAAAAACCUAUUUUAUACCCAAAUGCCACUCAGGACCCAUCUAUCUACAUGUACACAGCCUUCUAUGUAAACAGACAGGCAGAAAAUGGGAAGAACCACCAAAAUGAAAAUAUACUAAAAAGGCGAAGUUUCCCUAUAUUUGACAACUCCAAGUCCACUUUGGAUCAUGGUGUCAACAAACAGGCGUCUAGCUAUGUUUACAGCACACUGACUAGGCAGAGACUUAAGCGGCCAGAAAAUCUAAAGCCCCCAGAGGAUACAAUAAAAAACUCUAAAAGCUUUCACAGUGUGACCAACCACAUAGAACAAGAAGAGAAAAAUCUUGAAGAAGAAUCAAAGAGCCCCACUACCACAAAGGCCAUCUCUGUGGCUGCUCUAGCCGAAGAUAGCAAAGAGGAACCUAGCAAAGAAUGUACUUUAAAGAAAGAAAAUAAGAAUUCACCAAGUUUCCUGAAAAAGGGAUCCCAGAAACUGAGGUCAUUGCUAAAUCUCACACAAGACAAGAAGGAAAACUUGUCAAAAAACAAAGGUCCUGUGUUUUAUAGAAUGUGCAGCAGUUCUGACACGUUGGUUUCUGAAGGCGAAGAGAAUCAAAAGCCAAAAAUAUCUGAGACAAAGGCUGAUUCCUCUCCAAGAAAAAAGAGGACCACCUCAUCCAAUUCACAAGGCAACUUGCAUAAAAGUAAAGAGGAUGUCACUUUGAGCCCACCAAAGUCUCCCAAGCCACCAAAGUCUCCCAAGCCACCAAAGUCUCCAAAACCUCCAUUUGAUGAAAGCAGUAAAAAGUGCCCUACUUUAUGCCCCCCUGAAAAGUUCUUAGAAACUCUAGUAGAUGCAUCCACUCCAAGAUUUAAUACUGAACAGAUCCAGUACCAAGAGGUGAAAGAAGCUAUAACUAAUGCUACCCAGGAAACUGCAUCUGUUUCUAGUCCUCCACAAAGAGUAAGCACAAUGACAUCCCAGCCUGGAAACUCAAAGCACAAAGAGGAGUUAUUAAGAUCUCGUUUGAGUGAAAGACGUGUUUAUAGUCGCUUUGAGCCAUUCUUGAAGAUGGAAAGCUCUGGUCAGCCCGCAAGAAAUACACCCAAGAGCAGUACACACCUCCCAGAAACAAAAAGCAAAACCUUAGAGAAUAACUAUGCAAGGGGCAAUCAGGUGGCUCAUUACAACUCAACUGUAUACCGUCCAUUACAGCCAAAUGAAAACAAGCUUCGAGGAUUUAUGCAAAAGUUUGGAAACUUACUAUACAAAAACAAAUAACACCUAUAUAGUCUGAGGACUGUGUGAAAAAUAGCAAAGGCAGCAGCAGGACUGUAAGUAUUUAACUGACUUAGAUGGAUGGGCAGGCCGGUAAAGUUUACAAGGGGUUAGAACUUUGGAAUUGAUGUAUAUGUUUUUAUGUAAUAAACCUAGAGUUAUUAUACUUCAGUCAUUACACAAGUUCUGUGUCUAAAAGAUGUUUUAAAUGAGAUGUUUAUAAUGUUUAUACUGUAAGAUUAAUUUGAGAUAGAUACUUUCCCUCAUUCAGAAAGUAUGUAAUAAUAUCUUAUAAGUGUGGAAAAAGAGGGAGGAGGUUAUUUAAACUCCAACUAAUAUUUUUUUCAAAAACCUAUCAUUUAAAAAUAGAAUAAUACUGGGAUAAGUGGUCUGCUGUGUCUUUUCAGCAUUUAUGUACUCUUGAAAGUAAUAAAAGCAGAUGUUAAUUAAUUGUAUGUUACUUAGCCAUUUAAACUAAUUUUUGAAAGCCUCUUACAGACUUUACCAUGUUACUGAUUGUCCACACAGACUGUAUUGAACUGUGAGGGUAACAAAUGGAGAAUCUCACUUAUUGUACUGAAUAUUGUAUGUAAUUACAUAUCACCACAAACCUCAAAGUGACCCUCACACCAGGGUGUGGUGUACUUGUUUACAAUGUGAAGUGGUUGUAACUGUAGGGUGACAUUUUAAAAACUAUUGAUGCAUCAAGAUUUAUUGAAAGUAGGCUGCAAUUGGAGUUAAACCUCAAAUGUACAGUUAACUUUUUAUCAUAUAUGCCAAUAUUCCCUACUGCAUCCUUAGAAACAUGUGCUUUCCUGUAUUUUUAAAUUUGGAGCAUCAAGGAAGAAAAUUAGUCUGUGGAUUACCAUUUCUCAAUCAAGUUUGUAAGUUCCCCAUAUAGUACCUAGCUUUAAAUGUUAACAAUUGAAUUUGCAAUUCUAACUUAAGUAGUCCAGUUAAGAAAAGUUGUAGGCACUUAUUUCACUCAAAACUUGAAGUAUUUCCAAAGACUAAAGUAAUGGAAGCAACAAAAGACCUUUUAGACAGACUGGGUGAAAUUCUGGGAGUCAGUGGUAAAAUACCGAUUGACAUUAGUGGAGCCACGAUUUCACCUAUCUUGUUUAUAAACUCCUGUUCCUAAUUUCUUCCUAUUUACUAUAUGGACCAAAGGACCAUGCACAGGAAUGCUCACUGUUCACUUGACCAGCUUGCAUUCAAAUAGUUUUUUAAAGUAUGGAAACAUUCACAAACUCUUUUCAUUUGAAUCGGUGCUAAUUUAAGGAUUUCUCAAAUUGAGAUAAUCUGUUUGCAAAAUUCAGGUGUUCUGCCAGUGACUUCAAUGGACAUUGGAUCAGGACCCAACCAUUUUAUUUAACUAAGACAUGAGUAAUUCCCACUGAAGUCAAUAAAGAGUUACUUGUAUCAAGCAGUAAGAUAAUCAGGACCCCACUACUGUGCAUAGUAAAUAUAAGAAGAGUAUGAGAGAGACAAGGUUGGUGAAGCAUAUAUUUUAUUGGACCAACUUCUCUUGGUGAUAGAGACAAGUUUUUGAGCUUAUACGGAGCUCUUCUUUAGAUCUGGGAAACCUUGUCUCUCUAAUAUCCUGGAUCAACAUGGCUACAACAACAUUUCAUAUGAGAAGAGUAUGACACUGAUGAUUAAUAUUUAAUGUUAAUUCAUUCACAAACAUUUAUUUUUAAUGUCUAUUCCUGAACUGAUUGUUGAGAUGAGCACACCAGUGAUUUCUGUAUGUUAUUUCCUUUAUUUUAAUGGGGGAGGGAUUUUGAAUAAGAAUAUUGUGCUGUUGAGGAGAGCAACUCCCAUCCAAAUAACUUUUUUAAAUAGCAACCAUAUUUUCAUGCAGUGAUUGUUAAUAUUAUGGAAAAAGUUGUCUUGAAUUAAUCUCACAUUACUGGAUUGACAGAGAGGCCCUGAUUAUGAUCUCACUUAAUUUAGCUUUAUCUGUAUAACUUGGAACAAAUAUGGCCCACGGCACCAUAGUAUCUAAGUGUUCUACACUCCUGUAACCCCACUGAGUUAUUUCUGAUUUAUACUAACAUAUAGUGAUCCAUCCCUCGCCCAUUCCCAGCUUCUGACAAUCAGAGGCUAGGGACACAAUCUCUUCCCAUCCUGGCUAGUAGCCAUUGUUGGACCUAUCCUCCAUGAAUUUAUCUACUUCUUUUUCGAACUCUGUUACA